UGGUGGGUGGGCGAGUGGCAGCCAUGCAGUCAGACGUGCGGAGGCCUGGGAACGAGACGGAGGUCUGUCAUCUGCGUCCAGGGCGAGGGCGAGGGCGAGGGCGAGGGCGAGGGCGAGGGAGGAGGCAUGGUCGCCCUGGAGGACCGGACGUGCCUCGGAACCCCGCGGCCGCCGGAGACCGAGUCCUGCGGGAAGGACCGCAUGCCCUGUCCCGGCACCGGCGGAUGGAUCGCCUCGCCUUGGACCGGGGAAUGCGGCGACGACCCCUGCGACGGAUCGUCGCGGGAAGUGUGGUGCGGCCUGGACCACGGCGUCUGCGACCCGCGACUUCGCCCCACGGCCUGGCGCCCGUGCGACGCGAACACGUCCUGCGGCCACUGGGCCCACGGCGACUGGUCCCAGUGUUCCGCGACGUGCGGCGGCGGCGUGCAAUUCCGCCUGGUGACCUGCCAAAACGGAUCCCGGUGCCAGGCGUCAUCCCGACCGGCGAGCAUCCGGCCUUGCUCCGUCGAGAGAUGCCCUGACGAGCAGGUCGCGACCACCCCGGCCACCCCGGCCACCCCAGCCACCCCCACCUCACCGACAGAGACCAACCGGACCGUGGUCGUCGUGGAUCUGACGGAAGAACGCGCAGAAGACUUGCUCAGGCCCAAUGACGUCAUCGAGGACAAGAUUAUUCCUGGGGACAUUCGCAUCUUGGACGGCGUGAUGCUCGGCGACGACCCGAACAUCCUCCACGGAGAGGACGCUGCCCGCCUCUACGACCUUUAUGUGCUCAAGGACAAGAAGAAGAAAGGGAGCGCCGAAGACGAGACGACCUUCGACCCCGUCUUCGGUUGGGUCGUCGGCGACUGGUCCCAGUGUUCGAUGCCGUGCGACGGGGGCGUGAGGGCGAGGAGCGUGGAGUGCGUGGAGGAGAGGACGGGCCUCGUCGUGGAAGCUGGGCUCUGCGGGGAUCAGCCGGUCGAAGAGGAAUCCUGCAACACGGAGGGAUGCGAGGAAUGGCUGGUGGGUCAGUGGGAGGGAUGUUCCUCGCCGUGCGGUGGAGGGACGAUGAGCAGGGAAGUGCGAUGCCCGGAUCUGGGUCAAGGUCAGGGUGGAGGUCAGAGUGGAGAGGAGAAUGGAGGGCGGAGCGGAGGGGAGAGUGGAGAGGAGAAUGGAGGGCGGAGUGGAGGGAGGUGUAAUCCCAAGACGAGGCCGGAAUCCGUCUCGGAGUGCAAUCGGAGGCCGUGCGUCGACUGGAUCGCAGGCGACUGGAGCGAGUGCACCGGCGGCUCCUGCGGCUGGGGCCACCAGACCCGCCUCGUCCGCUGCAUCGACUGGAGGACGGAGGAGCCGGCGGCAGGAUGCCGCGAGGCGGCGAGGCCCUUCGCGAGGCGGCCGUGCUUCAUCGUUCAGUGCUUCGACUGACUUGUGGCUCUUCGACUGACUUGUGGCUCUU